UCCACGGAGAGGUCCUCGCGGUGACGUCACGCCCAGUUGGCCCCAUUGGCCCAGCCGCGGUCACGUGGCAAGCGGCCGUCUCGAACAGACAGUGCUCCCGUUUGCGGGGAUUACAUCAAUGCUUUUAGUACGGUCCCCGGUGCGUUUCCUCGGGGUGCUGGUGGUGUAGUCGUGCAACGUUGUCUGGGGGGCCUGGGACACGCACAGGAACCGCUCCACUUCCUGGGGCCGCAUGCCUUAUCGGCGUGGAGGAGCCGAUGCAAUGCCGACACCGAGAGCAUGGCCCCGGAGGCCGGCGCCCCCGCGCCGCCGCUGCUGCUGCCCUCGGCUGCCCCGGUGCCUGCUAGGACCCCGCGACGACGACCACUCGACGCCCAUGUGACGGCCACCCCCGUUGGCACCGGACGCGAGCGGCGCGUCACUCCCGGCCGACGACCAUGUGCGUCCGCUGGGUGCUCCCGGACUAGCGCCCACGUCGCCAGCAACGAGCCGGCCUGAGCGGACAAUCUCCUCGGCCGGCGGACACUGCCAACCAUGUCGGCGGGCGGCGAAGCCACCCUGUUUCCCAUGACCUUGACAGGCUUUCUGCCCUUCUCGUCGCACCGAGUCCUGUGGUCCCUAACCUUACUACUCUCGUGUAUCGUGCCCGUGGCUGUGCACAUCGCGCGGCGUCGACGCAUCGCCGAGCUUAUCUCCAAGAUUCCGGGGCCCACGGCGGCGCACCCGAUCCUCGGCAACUUGGACGUGCUGUACGAGCUCAAAAAGUACAGGCACCUCCUUGCGCCACAUAUACUGCUGCUGCAGACCAUGUGCGGGUUAGCACAAAUACACGACAAAGACAGAAUCUUCAGGUUCUGGCUGGGGUUCAGGCCUGUGGUAUCUUUCUUCAAAGCAGAAACAGUAGAGGUCAUAUUAAGUAGUAAUACCGUUUUAGAUAAAUCUUUUGACUACACAUUAUUACACCCCUGGUUGGGCACAGGUUUAUUAACAAGUUCAGGCAACAAAUGGCGGCGGAGAAGAAAGAUGCUAACACCGGCCUUCCACUUUCGGAUACUGGAGGACUUCAUUCCGGUGUUCAAUGAGCAGGCCGUGAUAUUCGUGAAAAACCUCAAGGAGCAGCAGAACAAAAAGUACAUCGACAUUGUUCCUCUGGUCACACUCUGCACGCUCGACAUCAUCUGCGAGACCGCAAUGGGGGUGAAGGUUGAUGCUCAAUUAAACAGUAAUUCUCACUACGUUCGCUCCUUGUACGAAGUGGGCGAGACCUUCAUGGCGAGAGUGAUGAGGCCAUGGCUAUGGCCAAAUUACGUCUUCUACAUGUCCUCGUUUGGGAGGAAAUUCAAGGACAACCUUGCACAGCUGCACAACUUCACCAGAAAGGUGAUACGCGAAAGAAAGGCCGAGCUGCUUGAACAGAAGGUUAUUGACGGCCUCACCAUCGGAGAACCAGUGAUCGGACAAAAGAGACGACAGGCCUUCCUGGACCUGCUGCUCAGCCAUCACAUUCAGGACAGCAGCCUCACGGAAGAGGACAUCCGGGAAGAAGUAGACACCUUCAUGUUCGAGGGUCACGACACCACGGCCAUGGGUAUCUCAUGGGCAAUGUACCUUAUUGGACUCUACACGGACGUUCAGCAGAAGAUUCACGAGGAGCUGGAUGCAAUCUUCGGAGAGGAUAGAGAGCGUGCCAUCACACCUGACGACCUCAAAGAAAUGAAAUACCUCGAGUGCGCUCUGAAGGAAUCACAGCGACUAUUUCCGUCAGUGCCAUUCAUUGGAAGGGAGCUAAUGGAAGACGUGGUAGUGAACGGCUACACGGUCCCCCGGGGCACGACGUGUUUCCUCUUCACAUUCAUGCUCCAUCGAGACAAGGAGAUAUUUCCAAACCCAGAGGUGUUCGACCCAGACAGAUUCCGGCCCGAGAACUGUGUUGGAAGGCAUCCAUUCGCCUAUGUACCGUUCUCGGCCGGACCGCGCAACUGCAUAGGUCAGAAGUUCGCCCUCAUGGAAGAGAAGGUGGUCUUGUGCUCUGUACUGCGGAACUUUUGCAUCCAGUCCGUUGACUUCAGGGAUAAAAUUCACCUCGUCGCGGAACUGGUGACGCGGUCAAAACACGGCCUCAAAAUCCGGUUAAGGCCGCGCUAAGUGCGUAUUUUUCUCGCUGUGCAACGCAACGACCUCCUGGGCGGAACGCGGAAAAGCAGACCUCCAUCGCAUCGAGUCACGAAAUGGCGAAGGCAGUGUCCAUGCUUUCUUUCAAGCGCCCCCAAGUAAGGCAGCCAGCAUGCAGAGCUUUCGGAUCACCGGGGAACGUGCGAUAGCCACGGUAAAGACAGCACCGGCCCAAAGUCCUGGACAGCUCUUCCCCAGUCGCAUCGGAGCUCGAGAGAUAACAAGCACCUCUUCCGUGCCUGUUUUCGCUUUUUUUUUUUCGAUUCAGCUGGCCGACUCGUGUUUUGUCGGCCAUCAAGUGAUCGCGACUGUGUGGGGUGUGACGUAGAAAACCUCAACCAAGAUGUGCCUCAGCCUCUUGCCUGGAACUCUUCCUCGUUCCCCUUGUAAAUAUGUUCACCCGCCCUCUCUCGGACUGAUUGCCUCGCCAACCCGCCAUCGGCAUGGAGCCGCUUUCUCCCUCCUCGAAGCGGGAAAGUUAUUUUACGCAGUCUGUGUGAGUGUACGUAAACUAACCCUCGAAACUAGGAUCAGUCCCGGUGUGUAUGUGAAGUAGGGAGUGCAUGCGCGCGCGAAUGUGUGUGGAUACCUGUACCACGAGACCUCAAGAACCAGCGUCUCUGGUGGGGAGUGCCUUCAAUUUCCUUGUGGGUGGCUGGCGAUUCUGGCAGCGUCUCCCGGAUUCCUCAUGUAUCUAAACAAAAGCAAAAAAGACAUCCCUCUCUGGUGCGCAUAGUGCUAAGUGACACCGCACGUCUUCCAACUGGGACACAAAGGCAGCAUUUGAUCAGCCAAGAUUUCUCGUCAGAUGAGUUCUCUCUCCACAGUGUGCCAACACAUCGACUCGGCUCGUUUGAGGAUCAGCCCCUCACCCUCAAAGCAACUCCACAAAAGAAAAAAGAAAACGUGCACACCUUACCUGUUUAACACCAAUAACCACACUUCAGCGUUCAAGGAGAAACGACUUACGCGUUGCACCUUUGUCUAUAUACUAGUCCACUUUUGUUAAUGAAAUAUUUUCUUUUUGUUGAUUUUUUUUCUGCGCGGUGUGGUUCUUAAAGUUUGCGAAAAACAAUAACAUCAUAAAAAAGACACCAGACGAGCCACUUGUGCGCGGCGCGGGUCACGCUUCCAAACGGCGCCUCGGCGUCGCGGAAAGUGACCCAGCGCUAGAUCACAGGCGCUCCUGAGACCAGGUACAUUCUUCUAGCAAGUCGACAGCACCGUAAAAGGACAAUGGACUUCUUGCUCUAGAGACCCUGCGCAAACUUCUUGACACAGGCCUUUUUGUUUUGCACACACACAAUACUUUGACUACCAAAGAUAACCGGAGCCGGCCUGGAAGCUCUCAAGAGUAAGAACAAAACGCAACUUUCUCGCUGUAGGCUUUCUUUAUGUUCUUUGGGGGACUAUAACCUUGCAGCUAUCGCCAUGGCAUACUAUGAACUUUAUGCUACCAAGCUCACUGACCCAAGUAGUUUUUUUUUUCCUUUUGGGCCCUUUCUACUUUCUAGAAGUGCAUGUCUCCACGUCUACCGAUGCAUGCGCUGCACAUUUACCUCCAGAGAACGGACUAAAUCGCUAAGCAUCCAGAAACAAUAAUCUUGGCGCCUAUUUAACUGACCACUUGUUUCUUGUUAUCUUCUUCAUAGACAAUGUUCCAGUCAAAGGUGUGCUUGUCUGUCUAUUUAUUUUGUUAUAUGGUGGUGCGUCAAAACGUCCCUCUCUUUGGCUGAAUGAAGACAAGAAAGUGCUCCGCUGCUGCUGUGAACGAAAAUAAUAAAAAAAGAGAACAAUCAUGACACACCGA